AUGGCAGAGUUUGAUGAAUCUCUGUUUUAUGAUGUUGACCAAUUAUUGACAGAGGAAGAGUUGGCAGAAUUAUACUUUGAUGUAGAGGAGGAGAUGCAAGAUGAAGACAUUGAGCAAUACGAUUCUGAAAAUGAGAAUAUGCAGCAAGAGGAUGAUACAGAAAAUGGGACUCAUGUAUCAGAACCAGAAGCUGAAGUUCAGGGCAUGCAAGAUGACCAACAAGGCACUCAGAGCAUUAACAGGAAACAACUAACAAUGCAACAAAGAAGACAGAUUGUUGAUGCAAUGUUGUGCAAAAUGCAAGAUGGUAAUUUGCCAAGAGGUUAUAAAGUGAAACUUUCAAUUCAAUUCCAUGUUCACAAAUCAACAAUUACAAGGAUAUUCACUGACAUUAAAAAACAGAUGGCUCAGGGAAAUUUGAUUGAUGUCAGGUCUAAGAAAAUAGGCAGAACAGGUCCAAAACCAAGGGAAUUCACAAAUGAAUUUCUACAGUCAGUGCCCCUUCAUUUAAGGCAGAGUGAAAGGUCUUAUGCAUCAGCACUGAAUAUUUCUCAUGUCACUCUUCAUUAUUUGAAGAAAAAGGGGAGGCUGAGAACACAUACUGCAAGUAACAAGCCAGCACUUUCAUCUGACCAUAAAGUAGCAAGAAUGAAGUGGGUUCUAUCUCAUAUUAAUCCUGUCUUAGGAAAUGAGGACCCAACAUUUGAAGAUAUGGACAGAGUAAUACACAUUGAUCAGAAAUGGUUCUACUUGAACCCAGACAAGAGGAGAUUUUAUCUCCUUCCAAGUGAAGAAUAUCCAUACAUGGCACAAUAA